CUUUUUUUUUUUUUUUUUUUCUUUUCUUCUACAUUUUUUUUUUUGUUAAAAAAUUAUGAUCAUCACUAAGGUUUCUCGCUCAUCUUUUGGAUCUAUUCUUGCUAGUCGAUCUUUAAGCAAACGGGUUUAUAGUAGUUCUAUUAAUCAUACUGAAUCUCUUAAAAAGACUGCCCUAUAUGAUUUUCAUAUUCAGUAUGGAGGAAAGAUGGUGCCAUUUGCAGGUUAUGCUAUGCCUGUUCAAUAUGCUAGUAUGGGUGUAUUAGCUUCUCAUCUUCAUACACGACAAAAAGCCUCCAUAUUUGAUGUAUCGCAUAUGCUUCAAUCUCGUGUUAUUGGUAAAGAUCGUAAAAAAUUCUUUGAAACAUUAGUGGUUGCCGAUUUACAUCAAUUACCUGUUGGACAAGGUACUCUAUCUGUUUUCACAAAUGAACAAGGAGGAAUUAUCGAUGAUACUAUCGUGAUGCAACACGAUGAUAGUCUUUAUGUGGUAUCUAAUGCGGCUUGUGCUGAUAAAGAUUUAGCUCAUAUUCGAAGGUAUCUAACUGAGUUUCAAAAUAAAGGAUAUGAUGUGGACUUUCAAGUCAUUACAGAUCAUUCCUUAAUUGCUAUUCAAGGUCCUAAAGCAGCGAUUGCACUUGAAUCAUUAGUAGGUAAAAGUCUGAAUGAUUUUAGCUUUAUGCAUGGUAAAUAUAUGGAUAUAGCGGGUGUACCUUGUCAUGUUGCUCGUUCUGGUUAUACAGGGGAAGAUGGAUUUGAACUUUCUAUCCCUACUGAAGAAAUUGUUCAUAUUACAGAGAAAUUAGUGUCUCAUCCUGAUGUUGAAUUAGCAGGAUUAGGUGCUCGAGAUUCACUUCGUCUUGAAGCAGGUCUUUGUCUAUAUGGUAAUGAUUUAGAUGAAACUACAACACCUAUAGAAGCUGGUUUAACAUGGACUAUUCCCAAAUCACGUCGUGAGACAGGUGGAUUCUUGGGUGCAGAGCAUAUAUUACCUCAGAUUAAAGGAGGUGUGACACGUCGUCGAGUAGGUCUCUUUAUUGAAGGUGCUCCUGCUCGUCAAGGUGCUGAAAUCUUGAAUGAGGAAGGAGAGAUGGUUGGUACUAUCACAUCAGGCUGCCCUUCCCCUGUUCUAAAGAAGAACAUUGCUAUGGGUUAUGUUAAAAAUGGACUUCAUAAGAAGGGCACUGAAUUAAACGUCAAAGUUAGAAAUAAGCUUCAAAAAGCAGUGAUUACCAAGAUGCCUUUUGUUGAAGCAAAGUAUCAUAAAUAGGGAUGCAGAUAAUCAUUCUUUGAAACAUUAUAUUAUUUAUAAAUAUGCAUUAUAUUUCUAGAAUAGCAUUCAUAGAUAAUAAAACAAAAGAGAUAUAUUUAUAUACAGACUGUCUAUGGUAGUUCAUAUACAUAUAUAUUGCUUGAUUCGUCUAUUAUAUAGUUGCAAAAUAUAUAUUUUAAUUUUUUAAGAGAGAUGAAAAAAAUAAAAUAAAAUAGCACCGUCCUUUAAUAAUUAUAAAU